GUUAACAUCGGCCUGAAAAAGCUCAACCCUGUCUGUCUCCGCACUUGGAAGUCCAAACAAACACCAAUUUGUGCUUCUUCUCACAAACAUCUCUCUCUCUCUGCCUGUCUCUGUGCAAAGUUUUUUACUUUUGGGAACCCAUUUGGACAAACACAGAUCUGCAUUCAUAAAGAUGCUAACCUUAAUCCAAAAUGGAGAACAGUAAUAAUAUGAAUGCCACUGGAACACAAGAAAGCUUUAUGAUGAAUCCCCCUGAACAAAGACAACGCACUAGGGGCCGUCUUGACAUUGUGACUCGUCGGCUGAAGAACCGAGAACGGCAACGUAGGUACAGGGCACGAAAGCGGCUUGAAGCAGAAAUCAAGAAGUCUUGUGUUACAAAUGAGUCAACUCUACCGCAAGUAGAACUGCAACAAAAUGGAAUACAUAGCCCUUGUAUGAACCGUGUGCAUUGUAAACGUGAUUGGAAAAAGGACGCGAGAAGGGCUCACACUCCUAAGGAUCAAGAAGUCAUACCUAAUGCUACUGUAACGUUAACUAGUGAAAGUCAGACAUCAUGCUUGCCCUCUGGAAUCAAGGCAGAGCCAUUAUUAGAAAGAGAAUGCCAUUCUGAGAUAUCUCCUAGCCUGGUCAAUUCUGAAACACAUAGAACUAUAGUUGGUCGAAGAGACUGGAAAGCAGAUGCAAGAAAGAAAAAAUGCUAGCGUGUUUACCAACUUGUAGCGUGCAAUGAACAUCUUACAGAUAGGCUGUCAUAGAGUGUCAGAUAACUCCUGACUUUGUUGUUUUGGAUGUUUCUGAAGUUGUAGUUUCUCAAAAAACAUGUGAUGUUGUGCUAACUCAAGUUGUUGUGUUGUCUAGGGAAAUUUUUCUUGUUUUUUCUGUCACCUUUUCAACCUUUGCUGUUGCAGAUGAAGAAAGGCACUCAAAAUAUGCCAAGAAGAGUUACCAUUACGAUACUGCCAGAUUUCGUAGCCCGAAGGAUGACAGUGCCAAACGACAAUCUGAGGCAUGAAUCCUGCUUUAUUUAGAAAGGCCAGUAUCAAUGGUCAAGAAUGAUCAUAAUGUAUGAUUCUAAUGUGAGAACAUUAACAAAUAAAUAUAUGAAAAUAGUUUCAUAUUUCAUAAUCAAAAGGCUAACUGAAUUACCUUCCCUGUUGAAUGCAA